UUUCGUUUGCUGGAGAAGACAUCGGAAGGGGUGACGGUGGGGUUAGGGUUGGAACGGAUGAUGAUGGGCGGUGGAGGGGAGGGAGAUGCCCUCGGGGGGAGGAUGGGGAUGGUGUCGACUUUUCAUCUGCAGAUGAUGCCGGCGGCGGGGGAGCUUGUUGGGACGAGCGGCGGUGGUGGGUUGGGUGGUGGAGGACAGAGGGGUAAGGAAGAGAAGGUGCCGCAGUGGGGUCAGCAGGAGACUAGGGAGUUGAUAGCAAUUAGAGCUGAUCUGGAGAGGGACUUCACGGUGUCGCGUCGGAACAAGACGGUGUGGGAGGCUGUGGCGUUGCGGAUGAGGGAGAAAGGUUAUCGCCGGACGUCCGAACAGUGCAAGUGCAAGUGGAAGAACCUUGUCAAUCGAUACAAAGGUAAAGAGACAGCCGAUGCUGAAAGUGGAAGGCAAUGCCCCUUCUUUGAAGAACUGCAUGCUUUGUUCACAGAACGUGCCAGAAACAUGCAGCGCCUCCUUCUCGAAUCUGAAUCCGGCGCCCUUCACUCAAAGAAGAAAUUGAAGAGGCUUAGCGCUGAUAGAUCAUCCGACGAGUUCUCAGAUGACGAUGAGGAAGACGAAGAAGACAGCGAGGAAGAGAAACUGACACGAAGCAAGAAGAAGAAGGCCGAGAGAACCACUCUGCAACAGCAAACCCGAACCGCGCCCGACAAAUCUAGACCAGCUAAUAGCAUUCAUGACCUACUCCAUGAAUUCCUGCAGCAGCAGCAACAAUUAGAGGCCCAUUGGUGGGAGAUUAUGGAUAGAAGAGCUCAGGAACGGCAGAGGUUUGAUCAGGAAUGGAGGAAUACCAUGGAGAAGCUGGAGAGGGAGAGGUUGAUGCUUGAACAGACUUGGAGGGACAGGGAAGAACAAAGGAGAAUGAGGGAAGAGAGCAGGGCUGAGAAGAGAGAUGCUUUGCUUACCACACUUUUGAAUAAGCUCAUACAGGAUGACUUAUAAAAG